UUUCAACAGCAGGUGGACGGAGCAGAAUAGAUACUCCUGAGACAAUUUGCCUACGCAAAACAACUUGACUUCCGGUCUCUGGUCUGUCGCCUAGGUCCGUGGGAGGAUGCCGGUCCAUCCUGGGUGAAACCGGUAUGCUGAUAGAUGGGAAACACAGAACACCGACGCCACGUUUUCCUUUAGCGAAUUCGCGAUCUCAGCGACCUAGCCCCAGUCUUGCUGGGCUUUUGAUUGCAGCGAAGCCCUGCCAUACUUCAGAUUCGACGGCCGUCGUAUAGCAAAAUGCGUGCGGCUCAAAACUUGAGGGCGGCAAGCCGGGCCAAAGCCCAUGGGUUGACCGUCGACGUCCAUUCUGCCAACGGCGUGAGGACAGUGGACCAAAACGAAGGUAGCACGAGUAGUGGUGAGGCUUCCAGCAAUAGCUACCCCUCGCCGGGGCCCAGCGAAGCCCUCAUGAACCCAGAUUGGAGAAACUACCGCCGAAUCCGAGAUCUUUCAGAGGGAUCCUCGGUUGGGCCAGCUACCGCUGGCCCAGACCGCACCGAGUUUCGGCUCGACAGCCUUAGGGAUAAGAAGAAGUUGACGGUCGACACCACUCUUGCCAACAUCUACGGCGUCCGUCGAAUUAAAGAAUCCCCCGUCGACCCAGACUUCAUUCACUCGGCCCCCCUAACAAACAAGGACUAUUCAGAAGUAGAUGAUGAUUUUGAAUUGGUGGAAGCAGAGCCGCAGUACUCGAGUAGUCACCGAAUGACCGGUGCCCUUGAAGCGAAUGCUCGAAAUGGAUUGGUCAAGCUUCAAUCCUUUACACCUACAACCCGCCAGGGGUUCGAAGAGAUACUAGGCUGGAGCAGCCACGGGCGGGACCUCAAACUUCCUAGUCUCCAGGAAGAAACUGCGGGCUCCGACCAACUCGCGCAGUUAUCCCCAAUAUACGCCAAGUUUAACGAAGACUUCUCGUUCCCUACAUCCCGCAUACGUGCGGUGAGGAGCAAUACCAAGCGAUUUACUCCUAAGGAGUGGAACGCGAUCGACGAGCAUGUCAAAACACAGCUUAACACCUUACAAGCUCCACGUUCUGCUCGCAUCCCCUCGGGCCAGCUCAUGGAUGACGAUGAACAAGAGCAGGCUAUACAGACCAAGGCAUUCCCUGACGAUGUUGGAGCUCGCCGCGUUCACGACGAGAACCAUCGCCAAGGGGUAAUGAUACCGCUGAAGAAUAUGGAGUCGAAGCCAGGGCCCGUAGAGGACCAUGACCGUUUCCAAGCGCUCCUUGACAAGCUUCAUAACCGUCGCCGCUCGCAGACGCUGACUGCGAUCAAAACGCCUUCUAUGAACAACAAGAUUGAGGGCCGAGAUGUAGAGUUGCCUGCUCGCGAUUUGAAAAUAACGAGCCCACGAUCUGCAAAUACUGUUCUCGGCGUCUCUGGCGGAGACCAGCUGAAGAAGAGCAGCGCAUUGAACCCCUUGGCAUCUGAGUUCUGUAGCACUAGCAGCACCAGUGUGACUUACGACCCUCUGGUGCUGGUCCCGCGCACUGAAGAGUUCAAUGAUAUGCUUGGGCUAUCAAAGAGUCGAGUCGACAUCGAAUCUGCGAGAGAUCGAGCUGUAGAUGCCAAGUCUAAGGUGUCGGCAGAUCCGCUACGGGAACUCUUAGCCAUGGUGGAGGAGAUGAAGGCAGAUCUCGCCCAAAUCAAAGCAAAUGGCUCGGUGUCUCAGCAACUGUCGAACGACACAGACAAGCGGGCCGCCCAGGAGGAGCUUCUGCUCCAAAUGAGUCAGGUUGAAAGCAUUACCGACCAUCUGAAGGGUUUACCCGUCCAGAGCCAGCUUGCUUCGCAGCAGCCUGUUCCGUCGCUGCAGUUCCUUGGACAGCAGCUCCCCGACACCGCUGGCCGGAACGGUCUACUACCGUAUUUAGGCCACUUGACGCAAACCAACCCAGUGCCAUGUGGAACUGCCCAGCAAGCACACAACCUAGGUGCCAUGCCGCGGGCUCCCGAGAACCCAGCUGAUGUUGCCAGGCCAGCAGCGGUCCACAGCCCAGUUAGAUACCCUCCUGGGGCAAACGCUGCUCUGCCCCAGCUCGGGUUUACUCUUUUGCCAGGCUGUCAGUACAGCCAAUCGAUGACGCUGCAAGGUCAAAAUCGCGGCUACUCACAUAGUCCUCAAGCCCAGCGCCAAGCCUCGGCUCCGUUCCAGCAAGCUCCGUUCCGGCAGACUCCGAUCCAGCAGGCUCAGAUCGUGGGCCCCAACAUCCAAGCCAAUUCAGAGCUGCGUCCCGGCACUCAACCGCUAUCGAUGCACGCGCAGGCCCAGAACAUGUUCGGGCCGAAGCCUAUCCGCAAGCCCAAGUCCCAGGUCAACCCCGGGGAUCCCCGCGCAACGAUGCACCAGCAGCAGUACGAGGAGUAUCUGGAGAUGAAGCGUGCGGCCGACCCGACGUACGCCCACCUGUGCAAGCAGCGCCAGGCGAGGCGCGUCCAGCGACAGACGCCCGCGGUUAAGGGUCCUCGCGCACCACAGCACCAUCCUAGCGGCGCCGGUGCAAGUCCGCAGCGGGGACCGUCGCAGAAACCACUACGGGCACCGCCGCAGGGCCCCAGGCCCCAGUAGGCCUAGUCCACUCAGGGUAUCCCUCAUUUCUCACGAUAUCUCGUCCUCUGUGAUGGUGCGAGAUGGGGGAGGAGGAGAGAGGGGGAGGCUUGCUUGGCAAGCUAUGUAUACGAGG